AUGUACCGCUCAGUACUGCGAUCCGCCUCGCGACCGGCCGUCGCGAGCCUGCGAGCUCAAGCCCUCCGAUCCGCUCCGCGCCGAUUUGCGUCGACUUCGCCUGCCGAUAAAUCGAGGUCAUGGAAGGGCUCUGCUGUGCGAUGGGCUCUGGCCGGUGGCGCCGUCUACUACUAUAGCACCAGCUCCGUCUUUGCUGAAGAGGCAAUUCCUGCCAAAAAGUUCUCUACUGCGCCAUCUGCCUUCCCCGAGACCGUCGAGUCGACACAGCUCCCAACCGUCGAAUCCAUAGUCGAGGAGAGAAAAUCACAGGCUACCGCCAAGGCCCAAAAGGCCGCCGAGGCCACGUCGGACAAGCAGGCCAGCAAGGAAGAGACGGCCGCCGAAACCACGACGGCUGUGGGCUCGCCGGCCGCCCUCGAGGAGGAGGCCGAUCAGCAGGGCGCGUUCAACCCAGAGACGGGCGAAAUCAACUGGGACUGCCCCUGCCUGGGAGGAAUGGCCGACGGCCCCUGCGGAGAGGAGUUCAAGACUGCAUUCAGCUGCUUUGUGUACUCCAACGAGGAACCCAAGGGCAUGGAGUGCAUUGACAAAUUCCAGGGCAUGCAAGAGUGCUUCCGCAAGUAUCCCGAGAUCUAUGGCGCAGAGCUAGCCGAGGCCGACGACGCAGAGGACUUUCCCGGCGACCUCGAGCAGCCCUCCGAGACGCAGAUUUCCCGCGACGACCACAAAGUUGCCGAAGUGCAGACUCCUCACGAGGACGACAAGGCCGACGACAAGGCCGCUGACAGACAGACGCCCCGCGCGGAGUCCAAGGCCGCCGAUACACCAGCUGCUCCCGAGCAGAAGAGCAAGAAGUCCACCGAACCCAAGCCCGCUGAACCCAAGCCCGCUGAACCCAAGCCCGCUGAACCCAAGCCCGCUGAACCCAAGCCUAGCCCUGCGUCCGUCGCCAUUCUUGAGCAAACGUCAGAGAAGCUGGCCGGACCCGAGACGACCCGAGACGGCGAUGACGCGGCCGCUGGCAUUCCCGAGGCCAGUAUUGACAGGACCUCUCCUACGGUUGCUUCGCACGGCCCCAAGUGGGAGGAUGCCACGGACGCCAACAAAGCUACUCCCAAAGCCAAAGAGGCCUAA